CUCCCCCCCCCAUCCCCCCCCUUCGCCGAGAACUGGGCCCGUGGUUGCCCACCGCCUGAGAUCUGCAAGCUGCAUGCCCACGAGUGCCCACUUGGACUUUUGCAGUCAGAGAUAGCAGCAAUGACAUCAAAAUGGAGAGCUACUGCAUCUUGGUAUUCUCACCCAGUAUAUGCAAGAUACUGGCGACAUUAUCAUCAUGCAAUGUUUUGGAUGCGAAGCCACCAGAAUGCCUACAGAAAGUCCAGGGAUUCCCAUUUCAUGUCCCCGUGGUUCUCCCCUCAUGGAGUUCUUCCGUGGAACUCUCUUGCUUAUGAGGCUAGGCAUCCUUGGAAUUUUCAAGGCCAGCACACGGCCUGGCAGGAGCCUCCCUACAGAGUUUCACAUCUCCAAAGCUCUGGGCUGCCUCUGUGUGAUAGCAGUAGAACCCAGGCCUCCACAGGAGAAGAUGAAGCCCCGCAUGAAGACGAAGAGAUGGAGUCCGAUUCAGAUAACGAAGUAGAAUGCGACUUGAGCAAUAUGGAAAUCACCGAGGAGCUCCGCCAGUACUUUGCAGAGACCGAGAGGCACCGAGAGGAGCGGCGGCGGCAACAGCAAUUAGACGCAGAGCGCCUGGAAAACUAUGUGAAUGCCGACCACGGCCUGUACUACAACCACCACCGGUCAGCGGAGCCCCCAUCUGAGAAGCCUGGGGAGCGGCGCCAAGCGGAGAUGAAGCGCCUGUAUGGGGACAGUGCCCCCAAGAUCCUGGCCAUGGAGGCUGCUGUGCAGCUGAGCUUUGACAAGUACUGUGACAAAAAGCAGCCAAAAUACUGGCCUGUAAUUCCCCUGAAGUUCUGAGUCCUGGGCACAGGGACCCUAGGGAAUGCCUCCAGAACCCUCUUACUUUUGGAUGUGUUCUCUUCAUCUCUCCUGGGCAUUUUUCAGAGAAAGAGGCCUAGAUACUGACACAGUGGAUACAGCCUGUCAGCAGGAGGUGUACUGUUGCCAACACAAGGAAUGCCAUAAAGCGAUAAUCAUGUGUAUUGUA